CUCGAUCUCCCGAAGCGAUUCGCCGCGAACAGGAAAAUGAGGCAUCGGCUUUUCACCAUCGCCUCGCGGAGUCGCGGCAGAAAGCAGCAGUCCCCGCUCGCCUCGCGCUCGUUUUCGCGGCUUCGCUCGCAAUCGGAUCGGCCUUAGUUCGGCAUCGUCUUCGACAUCGACGGCGUGGUCCUCCUCGGUCACACUCCCAUCGGCGGUUCUCCGCGCGCGCUCAGGAGAUUGUACGACGAUUCUGGUAAAGCUUUCGCCAUCGCUUGCUGAUAUACCUGCGAGGCUUAUGUCGUGCUGGUGAUCUUGCCGUUUCGCGUAUGUUCUACGUUGCGAAUGCAUGUCUUUUUUCGCUGAUUGCUACCGAAUUUCCUGAUGAUGUAAGGGCGGGGGAUAUUGAGAUUCGUAUCUGCUAUUUGAUAGCCUGCUAUCACUUACUUUACGUUCUCCAUCUUUUCUGGGAAGCUGAAGAUACCUUUCGUGUUCUUAACAAAUGGAGGUGGCUUUUCUGAAUCCAAAAGAGCCCAGGACUUAGGUCAACUACUAGGAGUCAACAUUCAACCUUUACAGAAAUGUCCUGUCAAUUGAUGAGUACACUAGGUGCUUUGAUUCUAUUGAUCCACUGGAACCGUACAAGACAUGGACAACUAAGCCCGACAUUGACCAGAAUAGCACUUCCAAUGACAUGGUGAAGAGAAAAGUUGCUGUACAAACACAGAGAGUUCAGGCAGCAUUUGUAGUCAGUGAUUCUGUUGAUUGGAGCAGAGAUAUUCAGGUGCUCUGUGACAUAUUGAGAACUGGAGGGCUUCCUGGAAAGGAGACUGGAAAGCAACCGCACCUGUUUUUUGCAAAUGAUGACCUAGAAUACCAGGCUACUUUUCCUGCUGAACGUCUGGGUAUGGGAGCUCUCAGGAUUGCAUUAGAAGCAAUCUAUAACAGAAUACAUCCCAUUCCUCUGGCGUAUACAUCAUACUGGAAGCCAAAUCCAUUUGUCUAUGGAAAUGCUGAGACAAUGUUAAGGAAUCUUAUGCCCUCUUUGUUAAGCAACCUAGAUGUGGAGAAUACUACAAACUCUGGAAUUCGUUGUUUCAAAACCCUAUACAUGAUCGGAGAUAAUCCAAAAACCGACAUUAGAGGUGCACGGCAGGCAGGAGAUCCUUGGUUUUCUAUAUUAACAAGGACUGGGGUAUUCGAGGGAAAAGAUAAUCAUUCAGAACUUCCCGUGGACAUAGUAGGUAUUCGUACUCUUAACAAAAUCCAGACAUUUCUCUAUCUGUCUCUCCCAUCUCUCCUUGCAUGUACGUUGGGGUGAGUUGAUGGUAGGUUCCUAAGUAAGCGAAUCGUGUGCAUUCCAACAU